CUAUUAUAUGAUCGGACAACUGAAUUUGACACCGUGUUAAAUAUCCAGUUCUCCCGAGACCUUGAAAUACUAGGAUGAUCCUUAGUCGGAUCAUAAAUUAUAUUCAACAAUUUCAUUUUUGCUGGAAGAAACAGAGAUUAGGCUGUGUAUGUAUGCAUAGAACUAUUUACAGUGAAAAAUUGAGAAUGAGAGACAUGGGUGAGGGAGAGGAAAAAGACAGGGGUAUGGGAUUGUGGGGUUUCAUUUUUUAUUAAUGAAUAUCUAUGGUAUUUUGUUUUCUUGCUUUUAUCUACCGACAGAGAACAAGUUACUGCACAUUUCAGAAAAAGAAAAGAAAGGAACAAGUCACUAUAAGAACUACAAAUUACUCUAUUCUCUUUCUCUCUGCCCUCUCCUCUCCUACUCUCUCUGUGUUAAAUUUACAGGGUGGUGAAGGCUAUAUACUUUGCUUACAAAUAUGGACUUUUGCCGGGAUAUUUCAGUUCAACGUGAUCUCUCACCGGAAUAUGAACUGGAGCAGUUGUUUUCUCCUUGCUCUAAGCUUGGCAGCUUGGAUGACAUGCUUUCCGGCAACAGUAUGGAAGCUGACAUGAAUUUAGAGUGGCUGUCAAUAUACGUCGAAGAUUGUUUCUCCAGCUCUGGGAAUUGCUUGCCCCCUGCUGCAGUGACACCGCAGAUUGUUGAAAAAACUAGAAGCAGCAGCAGUGGAAAUACAAUGAUUUCUCAUGCAGGAGCAGAAGAGGCAAAUUUGAAGCCAUUGCAAUUGGCAGGACCGGAAAGAAACAUCAAGUCAUCUACCCUGCAUAAGUUUGUGAUACCAGGCAAGGCAAGAAGCAAAAGAACCAGAGGCCCAAUUGGUAACAAAUCCAGAAGAAUCACUAGCCAAUUAACAAGCUGGUCCCACCAUCUCCAGAUGACAAACUCAGACCCUCCUUUGCUUGAACAAGCAUACUGGCUAGCUGACAGUGAGCUUAUUUUACCCAAAAAGGAGGAAAUCGUAGAACUUAAGAACGAAAAAUCGAAGCAGGAGCAGCAGCAGAGAAAUGGGGAAGAAAAGAAGGUUAACAAUAAUACGAAUAAGUUGAUGAUGGAGAUACAAGAGGAAAGCUUAGAAGACAGGAAUGGGCAGCAGGGAAGAAGAUGCACCCAUUGCUUAUCACAGAAGACCCCACAAUGGAGGGCAGGGCCAUUAGGUCCAAAGACCCUGUGCAAUGCAUGUGGAGUGAGGUACAAAUCAGGCAGGCUGUUGCCUGAAUACAGGCCAGCCAAAAGUCCAACUUUUGUGAGCUACAAGCACUCCAAUUCACACAAGAAAGUCUUGGAAAUGAGAACCAUGUCUCAUCUUUCCUCUCAUUAGCAUCACUCUCCGAUCAAACAAUCAGUCUUUGAUUAGGCCAAUGGGAAAAAAGACUAGUUUUUAUCUAGCAUGUUCUAGUAUCAGCAGACCAGUAGUAUAAUAUUUUGUGGAGGACCAGUACUCCAGUAGUAUAAUAUUGCAUGCUAAGAGACAAUCCUUUAAUUCUUUUAUAAUCCUUUUAGUGCUAA